AUGAAGACUGCCGCCGUUCUCUCCGCCCUCGUGGUUCUCGCCGCCGCCGCCGCCGAGCUCAAAAUCGAAGUUACCCACAAGGUCGAGUGCGAGCGCAAGACCAAAAAGGGCGACAAGGUCUCGAUGCACUACCGCGGCACCCUCGCCGCCGAUGGCUCGCAGUUUGACGCCAGCUACGACCGCGGCAGCCCGCUCGACUUCAAGUGGUCUAACACCUCGUCUGGUAGAACCCUCACCAUUCCUCCCGAGUACGGAUACGGCGACCGCGGCAUCGGCCCCAUCCCCGGCGGUGCUACUCUCAUCUUUGAGACCGAGCUCGUCGGUAUCGCCGGCGUCGAGCCUCCCAAAAAGGUCGACGACGACGACGCGGCGCCCGAGGCCGACGACAAGGCCGCCAAGGGUCCACCUCAUUCACUCACAAUCGGCGGCAUCGGAUUCCACAUCGAGGGCUUCUCACCUAUUUUCUCCUCAGCAUUCAUUUCGCAGCGCUCUGCUCCUUUCCAAAGCCUCAUCACUGUAUUUUUCUUCCCUGCUAAUUCCUGGAGAGUCGCUGGCAUGGCACCUCCUCGUCUUGACGACAAGAUCGACAUUCUCCAUCUGCUAAUCGACCAUGUGAACAACAAAACGUCGCUGUAUAACCUCUGCCUCGUCAGCAAGCGGUUCAACUACGUCUUCUCUAAGCGACUUUGGAGACGUCUGGAGCUGGACGGCAGCAAUAUGAAUUGCUUCGAGGAUGAGAACAAGCGCGCCAUUCUCUUCCAGACGCCCAACUUGGAGCAUGUCAAGAUUUUAGUUCACAGGAAGCGGCUGCAAUCCAAGUAUGGGCGUCUCGAAUACCCGCAGUGGGACUCGGAGCUUUCUGACUUGGCUUCGUCCAGUGCAGCCGAGUUUGACGUGUCAAGGGAUGUUAUGCUCGCGCUCUCUCGCGCGACGUGCCUCAAAAGCCUUACACUGCAAUUUAACCAGCGAACCGCGUCGUGCUUCUUUGUCAAGAAGGAGCCUGGGAUCGAGUCGGUGUGGCAAAGUGAGAUGCCGGGAUUCGCGGAGCUCAGACUCCGCCACUUCCCAUUGCUAUCCCUGACAACCCUAACAAGGCUUACAUUGCUCGAGCUUUCUGGUCAUAUGGGUAGCUGGAUAACAUGGAUCGUGAACAUACUGCUUCAAAACGAGGGUUUGGAACACUUCAGUUUUUCGAUUUAUACUCCCAGAGGCUGGGACGUAGAAGACAAUGACCAACCACCUCGGGUGACCUUUUGCUUCGAGUUGUGUCACAAGUACGCCGAAAAGUCCAGCAAGAAGAUGAAACUACGCUCACUUCAUGUUGCUUGGCCGGUCAUGUUCCCCGACCUUCCAACCCUCUCGCAACUCACAGAUCCCGCCUACCUUGAGGAUAUCUACAUGGACGACAGGUGA